AUGGAGCUGGAGGUGCCGGACGAGGCGGAGAGCGCCGAGGCGGGGGCCGUGACCUCGGAGGCGGCCUGGGCGGCAGAGAGCAGUGCGGCAGCAGGUUCGGCCCCGAAGAAGACGACCCCGGUGGAGGCCCUGCUGACGACUGGACAGCCGGGCCCUGGCCACGGGAAGAAGCUGGGUCAUCGGGGUGUGGACGCAUCCGGCGAGACCACCUACAAGAAGACCACGUCCUCCACCCUGAAGGGGGCCAUCCAGCUGGGCAUUGGCUACACCGUGGGCAACCUGAGCUCCAAGCCGGAGCGCGACGUGCUCAUGCAGGACUUCUACGUGGUGGAGAGCAUUUUCUUCCCCAGUGAAGGCAGCAACCUCACCCCCGCCCAUCACUUCCAGGACUUCAGGUUCAAGACCUACGCGCCCGUCGCCUUCCGCUACUUCCGGGAACUCUUCGGGAUCCGGCCGGAUGACUACUUGUACUCGUUGUGCAAUGAGCCGCUCAUCGAGCUGUCCAACCCCGGUGCCAGCGGCUCCCUGUUCUACGUCACCAGCGACGAUGAGUUCAUCAUCAAGACGGUGAUGCACAAGGAGGCCGAGUUCCUGCAGAAGCUGCUGCCCGGCUACUACAUGAACCUCAACCAGAACCCACGGACGCUGCUGCCCAAGUUCUACGGGCUGUACUGUGUGCAGUCGGGCGGGAAGAACAUCCGCGUGGUGGUGAUGAACAAUGUGCUGCCGCGCGUGGUCAAGAUGCACCUCAAGUUCGACCUCAAGGGCUCCACGUACAAGCGGCGGGCCAGCAAGAAGGAAAAGGAAAAGAGCGUCCCCACCUACAAAGACCUGGACUUCAUCCAGGACGUGCCUGACGGGCUCGUGCUCGACGCCGACACCUUCUCCGCGCUCGUCAAGACGCUGCAGCGCGACUGCCUGGUGCUGGAGAGCUUCAAGAUCAUGGACUACAGCCUGCUCCUGGGCGUGCACAACAUCGACCAGCAGGAGCGUGAGCGGCAGGCCGAGGGCGCCCAGAGCACCGCUGACGAGAAGCGGCCGCUGGGCCAGAAGGCACUCUACUCCACGGCCAUGGAGUCCAUCCAGGGCGGGGCCGCGCGCGGGGAGGCCAUCGAGACGGACGACACGAUGGGCGGGAUCCCCGCUGUGAACGGCCGUGGGGAGCGGCUUCUGCUGCACAUUGGUAUCAUCGACAUCCUGCAGUCCUACAGGUUCAUCAAGAAGCUGGAACACACCUGGAAGGCUCUCGUCCACGAUGGGGACACCAUCUCUGUGCACCGACCCAGCUUCUACGCCGAGCGCUUCUUCAAGUUCAUGAGCAACACCGUCUUCCGGAAGAGCUCCUCCCUCAAGUCCUCACCGUCCAAGAAGGGCCGCGGUGCCUUGCUGGCCAUCAAGCCCCUGGGGCCCACCGCCGCCUUCUCGGCCAGCCAGAUCCCCAGCGAGCGGGAGGACGCGCAGUACGACCUGCGGGGGGCCCGCAGCUACCCCACGCUGGAGGACGAAGGCCGGCCAGACCUCCUGCCCUGCACACCGCCUUCUUUCGAGGAGGCCACCACCGCCUCCAUCGCCACGACCCUGUCCUCCACGUCUCUCUCCAUCCCAGAGCGGUCCCCCUCGGAGACAUCAGAGCAGCCGCGGUACAGGCGGCGCACGCAGUCCUCCGGACAGGAUGGCCGGCCCCAGGAGGAGGUGCAUGCGGAGGAGGACCUGCAGCAGAUCACGGUGCAGGUGGAGCCCGCGUGCAGCGUGGAAAUCGUGGUCCCCAAAGAGGAAGACGCGGGGGAGGGGUCAUCCCCGGCCUGUGCCUCUGCCGCCGUCGAAGUGGAAACCGCCAGCCAGGCCUCAGACGAGGAGGAGGACACGCCUGCCACAGACAUCUACUUUCCCACCGAUGAGAGGAGCUGGGUGUACUCCCCGCUUCACUAUAGCACGCAGGCCCACCCCGCCUCCGACGGCGAGAGCGACACAGUAAGUGCGCCGUGGCUGGCCAGCCGGGCCCACUCGGGGCUCAGGUCCGUGGCCUUGGCCAAGGAGGGCCUGAGAGCCUGGCCUCCGGGCACCCCGGGACUGACAGGGAAACUGAGGCCCAGGGCGGGGGGGGGCAGCCGGGCUCUACCGCGUGGGGUCCUGUGUCCAGCCCUCAUGGCUCCUGGGGUCCGUGGCCCCCGGCAUCAGCUGUUGGGCCCGACCCGGCCAGGGGAGGCCCGGCGGGUGUGGGUCCGGCCCCGGCCCACCAUGGCCUCACCCGCCCCCUGCCUCUUCAGUAAUUCCUACGCAGGCACUGACGGAGCCGAGUGUCCGCUGCUGCCCUGGCUGCUCCCUGGAGGUGCUGCCCACCUGCUCAGCCCAGAGCUCGGGAGACGCCCGCCUGGCCGCUGGCCCUCGCCCUCGCCCUCCCCUCGACGGCGCGGACGCUCGGGCUGCAGCGAUCCCAAUCCAGGCGGCUCACCUGGCCCCGGCUCCCCGUCAGCUCCCUAUGCCUGA